AUGGAGCCCGAAGAUAUGCGUCCCCGCGGGAAUGAGAUUCAGGAGUCAAAAAAGGAGGACGUCAUGAUCACUUUUUCCCUAUCCGCCGAACCACCGGCACCACCUCGGACCCGAUCCCCUUUGACUCGAUCGCAUCUCCGGUCUCGUUCACUGGCGGGAAUCCCGGGCAUGCCGUCUAUGACGCGCGCCUAUUCUUCCCCAGGGCUGGACUCCCGGGGUCGAUACAUUUUCGUCAAUGGUCGGGCACCCGUCGAAGGCGCAAAGCGAAACCUACCCCUGCAGAUGCGCACUGAAGAUCACAUCGAAACCCGCAUGGGGUCCUUGAAUAUUUCAGAAACAAUCUCCGAAAAUGCAGAACUCGAAACCGUUCCACGAUCGCCCUCCUCUCAGCCAGGCUCUCCAGUCCUGAUGGCGCAAACAUUCCCCCGCAUCGGUCGCCUGCGUCCGACCUCACCCCUUCCUUUCCAUAACUCGAUCGGCAGCCCCUCCUUGCCUUCACCUCCAAUUCUGGGAGGAAAGUACAAUGAAUCCUACCCGCUGAACUCGGCCUCCUCCGUUUCAUCCAUGUCCAUCCCUUCGACGCCGACCAGUCUUCGCUCCCGCAGCCCCAGCAUUUCGUCAUUGGAAACUAUCCCCGAUGUUCCUGACGCUGAGAACGAGGCCCUGGAAGAAGACCGGAUCGCCGAAUUGAAGGCCGCCGCUGAUGCAGCCGAUGCGGCCAGCAAUGCCAGUCGACGACGGGGAACCUCCGAUGCCCCCAACUCAUUCGGCACAACCCGCGGGGGAGGCGCUGGUUAUGCAAUUCGGAGCGACAAACGCAAGCGAUGGAGUGUCUGCGGUGCCGAAAGGCGGCAGGAUCUCGACCUCGAGACCAUCUGGGAAGACUAG